CACAGCUCGCAGUUGCAGAUUUAACGUUGCCAAGCUAGGAGUAGCAAUCGUAAGCGAUCCCCCUUGACGGAGUGCCACGGGGAUUUUUUUUCCUUCAACGCCUCCCCGGGAGUGACGCCGCAGUGUUUCGUAGUGCAGUGGGAUUUUUUUGUUUGCCGUGGUCGUAGGAAUUUUAAGCGAAAUCGACAUUGUGCUACAGUGGGUGUAUAGUUUGCGUAGUGUGCAAGUAAGUAAGGCCCGACUGGCCCGCGAAAAAUCGCAGAAAGUGUUUACUGUUCAAACAGAGCAGCUUCGACAGCUCGUGAAAUCGAAGAUUGAACAGGACGGGGCAUUUGUUUUUGGUGCAAAUUGUGAAUGUCGUGAGCAGGAUUCGUGUGACACGCCAACAGUGUGACCUACAGUGUGUUGCAUGUGGGAGGGUGCAGUAGCGUACACGUGACCCACCCACUGCCGAGGCCGCCGACAUCAUGCAUUUGCAUUUUGAGAAGAACUCCAACACAAGAUGCGACUGCCCGAUACUGUCGUUGUCCUGGAUGGGCAAGGUGCCGGAUGACAUACCGGAGGAGGAAGGAUGGAAACUGAACCGUACCAACUACUAUCAGGAAGGAUGGCUAGCCACGGGGAACGUGCGGGGAAUCGUCGGUGUCACGUUCACGACCUCACACUGCAAGAAGAAUGUCGAUUACCCGCUGCGAACAAACUACAACCUUCGCGGACAUCGGUCCGAUGUGAUCCUGGUUAAGUGGAACGAACCGUACCAGAAGCUGGCAAGCUGUGAUAGUUCCGGCAUUAUCUUCGUCUGGAUAAAGUACGAGGGUCGAUGGAGCGUGGAGCUCAUCAACGAUCGCAACACACCGGUGACACACUUUUCCUGGUCACACGAUGGGCGGAUGGCGUUGAUCUGCUACCAGGACGGAUUUGUGCUGGUGGGUUCCGUCGCAGGGCAGCGGUACUGGUCGUCGAUGCUCAACCUGGACGCAACGAUCACCUGCGGCAUCUGGACACCGGACGAUCAGCAGGUGUACUUCGGCACUACCCAGGGACAAAUCAUUGUGAUGGACGUGCACGGUGCGAUGGUGUCCCAGGUACCGCUCAGCUCAGACGUGGGCAUCACCGCCAUGGCGUGGUCGUGCGAGAAGUUCAAGAUGGAGGAAGGCGAAGAUACGGAACCGGGCGUUACCAACGCUUCGAAGCGUAGCUUCGUGUUGGCCGUGAGCUUCCACAACGGGUAUAUCUAUCUGCUGAAGUCGUACGACGAUAUCACCCCGAGCCAAAUCCACACGGGCCUGAACGGUGAGCUAGGAAUUGUGAUGGAGUGGAGCAACUCGCGGGAACUGUUGGCCGUGGCCGGGACCGAGCUGGGCAGCCCGCACGUGACUGAUAUCCAUGGUGCUAUGGUGUACAAUAAUCUACUCAAGUUCUACACUGAAUCCGGUAAUCUACUAUACACCGCCAAAAUUCCAAAUAGUACGUAUCCAGUGUCGGCCCUCACGUGGGGUCAUAAUGAUAAGCGAAUCUUCAUAGCGACCGGAACCCAGGUGCAUAUAGCGUGGGUUUCAAGACGCGUCGCAUCGCUGCAGCUAUUCUGCCGCCUGAAAGUCCAAACGUCGCUCGCUUCGGAAGCAUUGCUGCCAAGACUGCCCCUGCCCGGUCGGAUAAAGGCACUGAUCGGGAAUCUGUUUGCUCAAACUAUACGGACUUACAAUAUUUGUAUCCAGUGCUGUGUUCCCGAUUUGAAGUCACUGCGAGAGUUUGUGUCGCGUCCGCCAGCCUGCUCGACACGGCUGCACUGCACGAUGAUACGACACGACGACGAUUCCAACCAGAGCUCAGGGACUUGCUAUACGCUCUAUCUGGAGUUUCUCGGUGGCCUGGUGCCACUGCUCAAAGGCAAGCGGACCUCUAAAAUACGGCCAGAAUUUGUGAUAUUUGAUCCUCAGAUUGAUGAAGUUUCUACAUACUGUACAUAUUCAUCUGAUUCGACCACCACCACAGCUACGACGAAAAGCUCCUCGACUUCUAGUCACUCUACCACUGGCACGAACGGCCGGUCGGACAGCUCGGAGAGUGAUCUCGACGAUGAAUGUCGAUCUCCCCGGCUGGAUCGAAAACGAAAGACUGGGACGAAAAAACGCAACCCUAGUAGCAACGAUCGAUCUCCGAACCAGAACUCUGACUCGACGGAAAACAAUGAAGAUCUAGCUUACCUUGACACAUUACCAGAGCACGUGAAGCUCGUGGAAGUAACGUCCAACAUCUGGGGUACAAAGUUCAAGAUACAUGGACUAGCGAAAACCUUGCCCGCCAAUCUCGGACAGGUGACGUACAAAACUUCCCUGCUACAUUUGCAGCCCCGCCAGAUGAAACUGGUCAUAACGGAGCUACGUGACGACUUCCCCACCGGUCCGGAUCCUAACUUUAAUCCGAACAUUUUCUCCGAGGAUGAGGAAGAUCAGCAGCACCAGCAACAGCUUCAACAGCAACACCAGCUUCAUCAGCAGCACACGCAUCAGUCGCAGCAUCACUCACAGCACCAUUCCAACGGAACACACGGUCAGUCGUUAGGGACGUCGUCCAGAGACGGUUCCGGCACGGGUGCGAUUAGCCGAAAAUUGCUUAACGAAAGUGCCCCGCCAAUUGCACCGAUGUCUCCACGUCCGAAUCGGUUUCCUUCGAGGCCACGCCGCCAACAGCAUCAACCGUCCGCCUUGGCUGGAUGUUCGACGACGACCGGUGGACUUUCUCGCAAUGGUGUACCGGGGUUGGGUCCGCUGGCACGUGCCGAAUCGUACGAGGACGAUACGGAUGGAGCAGAAUCGUCCGUAGUGGUCGUGAGCGAUCUUCACAGUGCAGCGGCACGUACUCCUCCUCGGCAAAGCAUAGGCUACAGUCUCGUUAGCCGACCUUCGUCCGCCUCUAGCAAUCAAUCGCGCGUAGCCAUCAGCCCGCUGUACUGUGAAGGAUCCGUGCCAACGCUUCAAUCGCCCAAGAAUGCUGUGGCGCCGAGUGAUAUCAUUUUCGAUCGCCCACCUGCAGGCCAGACGACGCUUAUGAGCUAUUCCAGCAAUAACGACUACAUCAGUAGCUUGAUGCAAGUGAAGAAUGCCCUGAUGUCUUCGUCCGAUCACCAUCAUGGACGCAGCAACAUCAACACGACAAUGCCAAUGAACUUAAAUCUCAAUCUUGAGCGUGCCGAAGCGCACCGUUCAAUGUGCACGAACGGUAGUAGCGGGAAGGAUACGCCACCUGCCAACAAUACGCGUAACACACCGAAAAAGCAGAACCUGAAGUUUAUCGACGAAGAGUCAACGCCUAGCACAUCGGCUUCCGCAGCUGCCGUUCCUGACCCGACACAGGCCGCUUCUAGCCAAAUCACUACUUCUACAGCACCAACCACCACCGGCGCGGAUACGAACGGACUUGAAACACCCGGCUCAGAAACGGUGUGCGGUAUGCACCGGACCCCAACGGUUGCAUCGAUGAUGCCUUUCAUCCCGGCGACAUCUUCCGGAGCCACCACCACUACUCGCAUUCCAGACUCAAUCACGCGUAGCUGCAGCGUAGGCUACCUGGACAACAUGGCGAUCGUACCGGGCGAGGAAGCGCUGUCAAUGAUGCGACGGGACGCACCCUACAAGCGGCUGGUACUGGUCGACAAAAAGCGGCAGAAAAAGUACAAACGUAACUUGGACGAGCUGCGCCAGGCGACCAGAUUACGGGUGGACGCCAAAUCCAAAAGCCUUGACUCCUGCUCGGACAUUCUGCAGGACGUGCCGAACCUGAACCGCGAUCUCAUCAACCUGUUCCGCCAGAUGCCGAAGGUGAACGAACUGUCCGAGAAUGAAACGGAGUAUUCCUCCUCCGAUCAGAUGAUGGCCGGUGGGAAGAGCAGGAACUUGAAGGAGGUGAACGGAGUGCUUACGCGAAAGGGAGCACCGAUGAAGUUUGGCCCCGGUGUAUCUGGACAGGGUGGAUCCAAAACUCCAAUUCUGAAUCGCAAAGAAAAGCCAAAAAGUUGCUCCGUCUGCAAACAGAUCUCUCCAACGGUUAACUCCACCGAGCCCGUUUGUGUUAAGUGUCGGAAGAGCGGUGCCGCUCUGCAGGAUGUUUCGGGGGAUGACCUUAAAAAGGAGUCCUCGACGACGGGUACGACGGGACAGUCGUCACCACCGUCCGAUUCGCCAGUGAUUACAAACGGUCACGAUACGGUGAGCGCUGGAAAGCCUCCUCAGGCCCCACCUAAAGCGAAACGAACCACCCUUGGGCAGUACAUCCGGUCGGCAUGCAGCAAUCACUACGGAGACCAUUCGAACGGAAAGGACUCUAACGGUGCGACAACGUCCUCCGGGAAAGGUGGAGGAUUUUUCGAUCGUAAGUCAUCGUCCAACAACCACCAGCAGAGCUCACAACAGCCACAACAGCCAUCAGGCGGCGAAUGUUCGGCAGGAACGUUGGCUGACGCACCCGCACCAGCAUCAGCUCCGUCCAACAGCACACCGUCCCGUUCGGUGGCCCGGAUCGUAACGAGCUUCACCGAUAGUCCACUGUUUUCGCGCCGCAACCGACAAGCCAAGGCGCUGGAAACUGGGACCGAGUCCAGCAAACCGCCGAGUGAAUCUAGCACACCGAUCUUGCUCCGCUGGAACGCAAACCGGCACAACAAGCACAGCAAAGCGGAUUCGGUCGAUUCCCCGAAGAAGCAUCGUCGCAAUGGUAGCUGUCCAGGACCCGCCAGUAACGAGUCGUCGAUCGAUGGUGGUGAAUCGUCCACCGGAAUGGCUUCCGCCUCCUCGCAAACGGAAGAUCCUCGACCGAGCGGAUCGGGACACGGUGGGCCAGCCGCGGGACUCAUCAGCAGAUGGCGCGACAUGGAAGACGGUGGCCGCCAGUCUACACCGCCAGCAUCUCCGGCACGGCUCGCGAGAAGUUCGCCCGCAUCACCAACGCCAAGCAAGAAGAGCAAACGUCACCAGAGUGCUUCGCCCAUAAGGCACAUUCUGAACUCGCCGCUACUCAACCGACGGCAGCGAAAAAAGCAACACACCGAAAGCUCGGACGAUGAAAACGGCAGUGGUGGUGGUGGUGGUGGCAGCAGUCACAACCACAGCAGUCCCAGUAACCACACGGAUGACAGUAGCGGCAGUACGAGCGCGAAACAGUACCGAGAUCUCGAAACGUUCCAGAAGGCACAGCUCCGGCAGAAGCUAAAACGCGGAAAGAUCGAACCGAACGGUGUGGCCAGCUCCUCGCAAUCACCUGCCCCGGUACGGCGCGAGUUUGUGAUGCACAACAAGGCCCCGAUGUGGAACGAAAACAGUCAGGUGUAUCAGCUGGACUUCGGUGGGCGCGUUACGCAGGAAUCGGCCAAAAACUUUCAAAUCGAAUUCCGUGGCAAACAGGUGAUGCAGUUUGGACGGAUCGAUGGUAACGCGUACACGCUCGACUUUCAGUACCCCUUUUCGGCACUGCAAGCGUUUGCCGUUGCACUGGCCAACGUUACCCAACGGCUAAAGUAGUUUGGUGUGUGUCAAUAAUCGCCUUAAAAAAAACAUUGACUCGCUCGGGGACAUCGUCCGGUCCUCGGAGAGACCUAGAGGAACUGCACUACAUAUCACAGAUUGAUUGGACAGGCGGCGGCAGGUGUUGUUAAUAGUGGCGCUUCGCAUCAUCCCGGGUAGUUUGAUAUUGCUUCGGCCGUCGUCGUCCGGUGUCGGAGCUUGAAACUGUCCAUAUGCUGUCGUUGUCGUGUUGCUGUCUGUGGAUCUACUAACUGGCUAGCUAACUCCAUUUGCAUGCAUGUCACCGCUCAUACCCAACCUCAUCAUCGGCCCAAUUGUUAUUCCACGUCGAUCGUUUUUCACAUCGUAUCACACAUAUCAUUAACAUUAGUGUAUAAUGCAUAAGCCAAACGCCAUUCACCAUCGAGGAAGAGACGGUUAAAGAGUUCGGAACAGGUCCGCUAUGUACGUAAUUACGCAGAGCACGGCGUUCUUUUCUAACGUUAUCUAUCAGAAGCAGCAGUGGCGCAUUUUAAAUCAGGAAAACCUGACAGGAAAAUAGAAGUGUUGAUGGCGAUGAAGCUGCCGUGCAGCAUCACUCAACAGGCGGACGGUAAUAUUCGAAAUUGAUUUUUUUGUUUUUUUUUUUUUUUUGCAAUGCCGAUUUAAGUCAUGCUCUAAAAAGCGGGAGAGCAAAAACAAACAAAUUGUUAGAUAAGAUCAAAUUAGCUAAAAUUGAAGUCUAAAUCAAACGCGUGCUCGUAGCGCGGACUAGUUUUAUACCCCUGAGCAUUAUUGCGCCACACCGUACGCGCGAAAGUAACAAACGUCCACACCGCGCUGUAAUCGCUUUAUAGCUAAAGUUGCCAUAUUUAAACCGUUUCUACCAAUUUUGUUACACAUCGGUCCCUCGGUGCGAGGAUUAGCCAUUUGCUUUCUCUACUAGCUCUAUCCACCGUGUCUUCUAGUCAGCCCCAACAGUCGAAUGCGCGAGUAUGUUGUACGUAUAAAAACACAGGAUAGAAGUGGGCAAACUUGGAGACAAAUCAGGGCCCGGAAGGCUUUGUUUUUUGUACUGAAUGUAAAUAGCAUUCAAUUUUUGUACUUAUUGUGUAACACAGGACGGGCAGUAAGACUCACUCACCACUAGGUUACCACAGGCGACAGGCGGCAGUAGAUUCAUCCAUCGUUCGGCUAAUUGAUCGUCGGCGCUCUUCUAUACACAUACAUUAUUGUGCUGUAGUUAAAUGUCACCAUCAAACACCAUCAUCCAUCAACAACCACCACCACCAUUCGUGUAGCCCAUAUGUAGCUAGAGUAAGAUGUGUAAGCCCGUGUCGAAAUCGUUUCCGUUUACUUUUGCUACGACGCCAUUGUUUGCUGUUUAUGGAGAGCGAGUGAGAGCGCGAUAGUGUGCGGUUGCUAGGAUCGCGUUGAUCUCAGUAUGCGUGUGCCAUACUAAGAUAAUUAAGCCUUUUACACACGUAUUCGCUGUAUGUUAAUUUUUGUUGCUGUUUAUUCAUUCGCGUGUGUGUGUGUUCAAAUGUUACGUUACGAAGCUGUGCUCUAUACUUUAAGCAACUGUUUUUCUCUAUCUAUUUUACACACACACACACACUCUCUCUCUCUCUCUCUCUUUCUCUCUCUUGCUGCAAGCUGUACAUUUUCUAGUCCAUCGCUUUUUGCUCCUUGUUGAAAUGUGUCACUAGUAUAAACAGUGUGUGUGUAUGUAUGUAGAUGUAGAGAUGAUGAUGGGCAUACAUGUACAUGGCGCUUAGUUCCAAAUUCGUCCUAAAGCUUUACCCAAACUCUCCCAAAAGCGCAACAAGCUUGGGAUUACUAUUAUGAGGCUAAAGAAUUGUUUUUGUAUCGUUUAUUUUUUUACUUAAACUACACAUGUAAUGAAGGCACAGGUACGUUCACCACAUACGACACGUAUGUGUACGACAGUACGACAGUAUGCUAGCGACACAAAUGCCAAUACCAGACAAAACCUACAACCAACUCACAACAAGAAAAGACACUAAAGCCAAAGUAUAAAAAUCCAUCCAAACCGGGAGGAGCUAUCGUUUGCAUAUCGCUCGUCCAUAUGGCACGCCGCAGUUAGUUUGCAGCAGUAGUGUUUGUGUCUUCGGGUUUGCUUUCGUUUUGUAUGUAUAUAUACACAAACAAACGAACUGUACCGAAAUGGCCCCAACUUGUAGAGCGACUCAGCGUAAGAAGCAUUUUACACCGCCAUACGUCCGCCAUUUGGCUGCCAAGUACUUCCCCAAAGAGGGUGACGAAGCAACAGGCUUCCGACCCAAACCGAGACAAACAGCAAAAGAAAACACGAAUAACGAGACAAAUGUUUUAAUACCAAUGAAAAUAGCCCAAAGCAUGUUGUUGUAGCGAUGUAAUGUAGGAAACAACAUUUACCUAACCUUUACGCCGCGUACAUAAUGUCCUACUUCCCAUUUUGUGCUAGGUGUUGGUGUGGAUUUUGCCGUUACACUAAAGGAAUAAUUUAAAACGGGUGUAGAAGAGCCAGAAAAGUGAAUUAAUUUAAUGCUGCGAAACCUAUGGCCGGUGUCAGAUAUUCAGGGUAAAAGCGUUUUUGUUUUGUUAAAUAUUUUUACACUAAACGCAUCGCGGGGUGCGAAAUAAAUUGAAAACAAAACCAGAACGAUGUGUUUCCUUCGCAACAUAUCCAUCCAAUUUCGAUGAGACAUCUCUAUGGGGAGAACGAAUGCCAUCAACUAGCAAGAUAAGCGCGUUUUCAUUAGAACAAUUGGUGCAACAUUCGUUUGCUACAGCUAGCUAGCUUGAAAAAAGGUUUCUGAAAACGAAAACAAGCUAAACAGUCGUUCAAUGCGACAGUGCGCCUUUUAGAAAAAAGGGGAAAAUUUGUAACCGAAACACGCGCUCGGGCCCAAAACCAUACAAUACGGGAUAGUUUUUGACCUGUUUGGCAAAAAGCAGCUGCUUGUUGGCUUAGGGUUUUGUGUAGGAAUUGCAAUUUGGGGCGAAAGAAGAUAAAUGCUGUGUGUGUUUAUCUAGUGGAAAUGUACACACGCGACAAACGAAACAAGCGAGAUACGAACUGAAAGGAACGUGGCAAUAAUAAGCGUAACACGGAUCUAUUGCUACUGUUUUCGAAACGAUGUAAUGUAUGCGAUAAUAAAGAAAACAAAAUGCCGUUCAAUGUU